AGACUCACUGGACGUCGCAUUUCGCGAGAACUCAGAAUACAAAAGAAAGGCAAAAAUUUCAAAUUAGAGGCAAAAGGGCGUAUCAACACAGCAAACUACAUGACUUCGGUUCCACCAAACUACCUGCGUUUGAAGCGCCAUAAGUGCACCAUCUUCCUUCAUUGCGACUUUCACCAGGAUACCGUUCAAGCCAUUAAGGAGCGCAUCGAGAAGCUAACAGGGAGAACUUUUUAUACAAUACGACUAUACCUGGAUCGACAGAAUUUAGACGACAGCUUGAGCUUGGAGAGCUGUGGCAUUGAUCAAGAUGGCACCGUAUUGCUCAUGGUUCACAGCAAAGGAACUACUGCAGAUGAUGAAUUGGUGUGGGAAGAAGUUGAGGAAGCCAUCAAUGAGCAGCCUGUGCCCGAUUCUGCUGCGAUAGCCGGCAGCGGGGAGAUAGUUCCGCCAGUCGCGGAGGGAAUCCUUGUAGAACAAAAGGCAACUGGCAGUUCUGCUGCGAAUGAAGUCCAGGCCGCCACCUUAGUCACUCAUGUUGAGUUUUCCCAAGAUAUUGUGGCGUGAAGGUUUGAAAAUAAUGCAUGAAUUGAAGAGAUCGUUCCAUAGAUGAUGCUCAUCGGAUGGAUAUGGAAAGAUGGUUACCACUUACUAAUACUUUUUCUGCUUAUCGUUUCCUUCCCCCUCAAUGAGUACAUUUGGCUUUGCUGUUUAGGGGGGAAAAUGUAAAAUGAACGUGUGAGCAUGCGAUCCAUUUCCUAGUCUCUGUUUCAUGAUGUAUUGAAGUGGUUAUUUGCAACCGAUUAAAAAA